AUGUCUCAACCAACACCAUCGUCAUCAUCGGGAAGCUCUUCUCUCAACGGCCACGUUCUCAGUAUUCAGAGCCAUGUGGUUCAUGGAUACGUAGGAAAUCGUUCUGCUGUUUUCCCUUUGCAAUUAUUGGGAUUUGAAGUAGAUUUUAUUAACUCGGUCCAAUUUUCUAAUCAUACAGGAUAUCGGAAUGGAUGGAAAGGACAAACUUUGAGUGGAGAUGAACUUGCUCUAUUAUUUGAAGGAUUACAAAUGAACAAUUUAGAAGGAUCUUACACUCAUCUUUUGACUGGAUACAUCGGAAGUGAAACCUUUUUACAAAAUAUUUUACAUAUUCAUGAUAAAUUGAUAGAGAGAAAUCCGAAAUUAAUUUAUGUUUGUGAUCCAGUGCUUGGAGAUGCAGGUAAACUUUAUGUUCCAGAAAAACUCAUUCAAAUUUACAGAGAGAAGGUGUUGAAUCGUGCAACUGUAAUUACACCAAAUCAAUUUGAGGCAGAAACAUUGAGUGGAAAGAAAAUUAAAAACGAACAAGAUGCUCUUGAUGUCAUUGAUUUAUUCCACAAGGAACCAUAUAAUAUUCCUGUAGUUGUUCUUACAAGUGCAGAGUUGGAAGGUGAUAAGGAAAGUUUGACUUUGUAUGCAAGUAAUAAGAAAACUCAAAAGAAAUACAGAAUCAAGUUCAAGAAGUUGCCAGGAUCCUUCACUGGAACAGGAGAUGUAGUGAGUGCUCUCUUUUUAGCAUUCUAUGCUAUCCAUGGAGAUGAUAAUUUUAACACAUCUCUCGAGAAAACGCUAGCUGGAAUUCAAGCUGUGCUCGAAAAAACUCCACCUGGUGAGGAAUUGAGGCUUAUUGAGUCAAGAUUUGUUCUCUUAGAUCCACCAAUCCAAUAUAAGGCAGAACAGCUUUAA